UCAUGACAAGAUCAGGGCAGGACCGCUUAGCCUGGCCUCCGAAAUUGCAUAUUGUCAAGUGGGUUGUAUCCGUGAACGGAACACUGUUGUGUUUAUGACUCUAACUGCAGGUUGAAUUUGCGACUAUGCAGGACCAGCAGCAAAUUGCCCAGGAAAUUAUGCGGCGGCUACGGGAACAUUGUUUGCCGGAUAUCGACAAAUAGACAAUCACACGUGAAUUUCCUGUCGCGUCAAAGCAGCGUCAGAGGGCAGCGGUCGACUUGCCGUCACCCAACCUCGGUCUCUCUCUCCUCCUGCAAAAGAUAAAUACAACCCGAGCCCAACAUGACCCUGACGCAGAAACCGACCAUGCUUGUCACCGACCACGUUCAUUCCUGGCCUGCUGAGGUUCCCUUCCAUCGACAGGCUGCAGAGGUACCCGGAACAAAGAAGCCAGGGCAGACCGGUAUCUACCACAAUGCGAUCUUUGGAUACAUUGACAAGGACACUCCUGGCUCCUUCCAAACAGUCGAUGAAAUCUUCAAAACUGGUCUCAAGGGUGGACGUGACAGGAAAAUGCUCGGCCAUCGGCCGCUUAUUUCAAUGUCGCCGCUCAAGUUUGCCAACUAUUACGUAUGGCAGACUUACGGCGAGGUCGACUUGCGCCGGCGUUGGAUAGGCAGUGCUCUGGUCAAGCUCUUUUCAUCUGGUCAGCUUGGCGGGGGAGAGUACGAGACGGUUGGUAUCUGGUCGCAGAACCGACCAGAAUGGCAGAUCAUCGAUAUCGCCCUCCAAAGUUACAACAAAGUUGGUGUUUCUCUGUAUGAUACCCUGGGCAAGGACGCUGUUGAGUACAUCAUCAACCACUCCCAUCUCACGACCAUUUUUACUACGGCCGAUCACAUUCCCGCGUUGUUGAAGUUGGCGCCUUCAAUACCGAUCGUAAAGAUGAUCGUGUCUAUUGACCCAUUACCAGCCCAGGCAUGGAAUAUCAUGCUUCAAUGGAGCCAAACUGUUGGUGUCCAACUGAAGAAACUCAGCGAAAUUGAGGAGCUGGGACGAGCUAACCUGAUUGAACCUAUCCCAGCAACGCCUGAACAAUUGACUUCCAUCUGUUACACAUCCGGUACUACCAGUAACCCCAAGGGAGUGUUAUUAACUCAUCGUAAUAUGGCGGUGGCUACACAGUCCAAUCUUUACGGUCUCAUUCUGCCAGAGGACGGAAGUUUGUUAUCUUUCCUGCCUUUGGCACAUAUUUAUGAGCGAGUCACGGAGUUCGUCUGUAUUGGAAUGGGAGCAAGUAUCGGGUACUUUAGUGGUGAUCCUUUGCGCCUGAUGGAGGAUGCACAAGUCCUCAAGCCGGCAAUGAUUCCUGCGGUUCCUCGUGUUUUCAAUCGGAUAUAUCAAGGUGCCAUGGCGGCUGGUGAUGUUCCCGGAUUGAAAGGCGCCUUGUUUAGAUAUGCUGUUCAGACGAAACUAUACUGGCUACGCGAGACUGGUACCGUCACCCAUGCAUUAUGGGAUCGGCUUGUCUUCCGCAAGGUCAAGGCCGUUUUGGGUGGUCAGAUGGAGACUAUGAUCUGCGGUUCUGCGCCCAUUAAUAAGGACGUUUUGGACUUCUUGAAGAUCGCCAUGUGCUGCAACAUUCUUGAAGGAUACGGCAUGACCGAAACGUGCGCGACAACAACGAGAGCGAUCCCAGAUGACCCUACCGCGGGUGGAACCGUCGGCCCACCUCAACCCGGCAAUGAGAUCAAGUUGAUUGACGUUCCUGCCAUGAACUACACUUCAGAAGACAAACCUUUCCCUCGAGGGGAGCUCUGUGUAAGGGGUGACAACUGUUUUGCUGUGUACUACAAGGAUGAGAAGAACACGCAAGAAACAGUCGAUGCGGAAGGUUGGCUACACACUGGUGACGUCGCAGCUAUCGACGAUUGUGGACGUGUCAAGAUUAUAGAUCGUGUCAAAAAUAUCAUGAAGCUGUCCCAAGGGGAGUAUGUCGCUCUCGAGAAGAUCGAAAAUACAUACGGUGCCUGCCCAGUGGUUGCCCAGAUCUAUAUUCAUGGAGACUCGAUGCAAGCAUACUUGCUGGCUGUUGUUAUCCCAGAUCCCACUCAACUCGCGGCUAUUGUUUCUGACGUCACGGGCAACAAGGUGACCCCAGACAACAUCCCUGUUUUGUUGCAGGCGUGCAAGGACAGCAAGAUCAACCACAAGGUGCUCUCCAUACUGACUCAGGAGGCGAAGAAAAACGGUUUGAAGGGUUUCGAGACCAUUAAACGUAUCCAUCUCAGCAUGGAGCCCUUCACCGUGGAUAACGGUACACUGACCCCGACGCUCAAAAUACGUCGUAAAGAUGCCUACAACAAGUACAAGGCAGAACUCGACGGCCUUUACGCCCUCGGAGAGCCGACUUCAGAGGUCACGACCAGGCUAUAACGGGCUAUCAUGUGGACGAGUGCUGACGGCAUUUUUAUUGUACUAUACAGCUUUAUUUCGCGCAAGAAAUGUAA